CACUUGUAAUGUCCAACUUACCGAGGCGUAUGCGAUCUCAUAGCCGUCAAGUUGAUGAUGCGGCGUAGCUUACUCGCCUUCUUCUCCUAGAAACCGAACUGCUCGACCAAAAAUCCCUUUUUACUGUACACUUUUUCCCCUUCCGACGUUUUACAUUUCGACCGUGCGAUCACAUUACACCACAACCCGACACCUCCAACCAUGCCCCUGUUCAAACCCUCCUCCGCAUCCUUCACCACACUCUCCUCCACCCCAAAGACAAUCCUCAUAACCGGCGGCUCCUCAGGCAUCGGCCUUGCAACCGCGACCCUCCUCUCCGCGCUCAACCCUUCCCACACCCUCAUCCUCCUUGACCUGCAACCGCCGCCCCCAAAAUUCUCCCACCCCGCCUCCCACACUCUGUACAUAAAAUGUAACGUCACCUCCUGGCCCUCCCAGCGCUCCGCCUUCGAAGCCGCACACAAAAAGUUCGGCCGCAUCGACGCCGUCUUCGUCAACGCAGGCAUAAUGGAAUACCGCGAUCAAUUCUUCACCGACUUGCUAGACUCCUCCGGCAAACUCGCAGCGCCAGACCACAGAACCCUAACCGUAGACCUGAACGCCGCAGUCGACUCCACCAAACUCGCUAUCCACUACCUGCGCAAGAACGGUAGAGAAGGUGGGAGUAUAGUCCUGACGGCGAGCGUGGCGGGGUAUCUGGGGUUUACGGGGGCGCCGCUGUAUACGGCGGCGAAGCAUGGGGUUGUGGGGCUGGUAAGGUGCUUGAAGGGGGAGGUGGCAAAGGUUGGGAUUGUGAUUAGUUGCGUUGCGCCAGGGAUCACGGUUACACCGUUGUUGAAUGCGGGGGAGGAGGGGGGCAAGGGUGUGUCGCCGGAGGAAAAGGGGGAGGUCAUGGCGAAGGCGGGUGUCGCGGUGAAUCGGGUGGAGUCUGUGGCGUUGGCUGUGUGCUACUUGCUGGAUGCGGGGAGGAAGGCAAAUGGCGCGGGAAUCCUUAUACAGCAGGAUAAAUUCACAGACAUUGAGCGAGGGCUUGCAAAGAGUAGGGCGUCUUGGAUGACGCAGGAAAUGCUGGAUGAUUUUCGGGGAGGCAGGGGAGCAGAUGUGUUUGACGUCCCCUCCAAAGCUAAGAUUUGAGCAGCGGUAUGGAUCUGCAACUUCCGUACGUAUGGG